CAAUUGGACCCUGAACCUGAGAGAGCCUGCUGACGAUCUGACCAAUAAGGCUGCUCUUCUGGAAGGAGAAGCUUCGUUUUUCCUCAUUCUUACUUAAUAAACGAGACAAACCUGGAACCACGAAACCAGGAGAGAGUGUUUUCGACAAGUAGCCCACUUUAAGGAUGCAGGACGGGAGUUGGAAUCAGCCACUCCCCUUCUCUCUGCUGCUAAAGGACUCAGCAGCGGGCGGGACUUUGGAGGGAAAUGGAGGUGUGUUUUCUGAGGCGUCCUCUGAUGGGGAACUCUACCUGGACUCUGGUACAGAGCUGGAUUGUGGAGAUGGGGACUUUGCAGAUCUCACUGCCUUCUUAAGUGCAGAAGAGAUUAAUCGUAGCCUGGACCUAGCCCGGGAGUCCUUUGGUGGUACGUGUGAAUCUGAAGAUCUGGGCCCCUCUAAUCCUACACCUCAGGAGCAGGUUCUCCAACCCAUCCCCUCCCUCCCUGUGAACACCCAGACCCCUACUGACAACCUCAUCACAAGCACUAACCUGCACCACCAGACCAAAGCCCUCUACCCAGAUGAUAACGCAGCAGUUAAGGUCUCCUCCAGCCAGAGCGCUGCCCUCAGCAAACCUGUGCAGGUGUCCAGCGAGGCUCCGUCCUCUGCUGAGAGGGUGGUGCGCCACAAACCCACGCAGCCAGUUUAUAAGCAGGACAAGCCCAGGCUGGUUCACGAAGGCCUGGAGCUGAACGACCGGGCAGCUUCAGCCACGGAGUUCUGUAGCCGAGCUGCCACGUUCAUCGAGGAGCUGUCCUCCAUUUUCAAAGGUUCUUCUCAUGUGGAGCAGCAGGUGGAGGAGGACUCCUCCUCUCCUGACAGUGGCUAUCUGUCUCCCAGGAGCCAGCGACCGGCACCUCAGGGCUCAGUCUCUGCUCCCUCUCUGCCUCCCAGCCAGCAGGAGCAGACGCACUACAGCCAGACGGACGCUGGCCCUCAGCCUGGGGGCCCGGUGGCAGUGGCAGCUUCUGUGAGGUACCAGCACUCCGGAGCUCCGACCACGACCGGACCCCCGUCGCCUCCUCAGUUCCUCCAGAAGCUGAAGAGCCAGGAGGUGGCAGAGGGAAGCCCCAUCCGCCUGGAGUGUCGGGUAAUAGGAAACCCCCUCCCACUGGUCAGGUGGUUCUGUGAAGGCCGUGAGUUGCACAGCUCUCCUGACAUACAGAUCUUGAGGGACGGUGACCUGCACACGCUGGUGAUCGCCGAAGCCUUUGAGGACGAUACGGGACGUUACACCUGCGUGGCGUCCAACAGUCUCGGAGCAGACAAUACCUCUGCUGAGGUUUACAUUGAAGGAGCUUCAUCAUCAGACUCGGACGGAGAAGGAGCAAAAUCCAGAUCAGGAACCAUGCCUCAAGUGCAGAAGAAGACUACUUCAAUGUCCCUAACAAUACGCUCUUCAUCACCCAAAACCACGGAGGUCCAUCCUCAUCGCUCCACCCUGGUUCAGUCUCUGUCUCAGCCCCCACAGAGGAUGCAGAGCCCGGUGUCGUCACUGUACGCCGGUGAGGCGUCGGGCCCCCCUGUAUUCACCAAGCUCUUGCAGGAUGCCCAGGCGUCCGAGGGCCAAGUGGUGGUUCUGGAGUGCAGGGUGCGCGGUGGCCCUCCUCUGCAGGUCCGAUGGUCCCGCCAGGGAGAGGAGAUCCUGGACUCACCUGAUUUUCGCAUUCUCCAGAAAAAGCCUCGAUCUGCAGCUGAGCCAGAAGAGAUCUGCACCCUGGUGAUAGCCGAGGCCUUUCCAGAGGACGGAGGUCUGUUCUGCUGUACGGCGUCCAACCCGUAUGGCUCCAUAAACAGCACCGCCCAACUCGCUGUCACUGCAGCGACCGAGGACUCAUCCAGUAAUGGCAUGUCUGGUGAUAGCUCGGGGUUUGAGGAUACGGCCGCCUUCCCCCCUCCUCCCCCACUUACAGAGAUCAGCCUCCUGGAGCUGCCACCCAAGACGCUGCCUCAUCCCGGCACCGAAGCUUUCCAUAUCAAGGAGCUGGAGAUCUGGCCCAGUGUGUCCACCCUGCCUGCAGUUCAGAUAAGCUCAGAGGUGGAGGACAAGGACAAGGAGAAAGAGUCUAUACAGAACGGCCAACCCCCGAAUCCACCGUCACCUCCAAGCCCACCUAAAGACAUCACGCCACCACCCCCACCUCCACCUCCACCCCUACCACAGUUUGACUCUACGGCAGAUGUCCCCGUCACAGCCCAAAGUCCAGCUCCGGUGGCACCAGACUCACCUCCGACCCCAGGCAAGGUGUCUCCAUCCCCUGCGAGGGACGGCCCUCCGCUGCCGACCAAGCCCAAACCGAAGCUAGCUGAGAAUAUAGAGGCGGAGACAGAAAAUCACAGGAACGCGUUGCAGCUGAAGCAGCUGCAGGAGCAGAUUCUGUUGGAGCAGCAGGAAGCAGCCAGCUGGCAGCAGCAGAACCAGGAAGUCCCACCUUCACCCCAGGAAGUGCCUCCACCUGCUCCACCAUCUCCACCUCUCCCUCCUCCUCCCUCCUUCCAGGAGCUGGAGAGCAACGUACCGACCAUGCAGGCCAGCACCUUCAACUACGCCCGGCCCAAGCAGUUCAUAGCUGCUCAGAGCCCCGGUGGGCCGGGCUACGUCACCCAGUCCUCCGGCUCCUCGGGGUCCAGCCUGUCCUCCCCGCUGUCUCCUCCCACCUCGCACAAGCCCUUCACCAGGGUCAUCGUGCCCCCCUUCACCAAGGCCGGCAGUGUGGAGUCUCCGAGCUCUCCUUCCUUCCCGCCUCCGCCUCCGCCCUUCCUCAGCUCCAGUAACCUGUCCUCUCCGACGGGCCCCGCCCAAGACUUCCCACCUCCCCCGCCUCCUCCUCCUCCGCCCAUGUCCAUGUCUCCAGCCCACUCAGACAUGUCCUCUCCAUUCUCCUCCGUCCCUCCGUCUCCAGCCUCCAGCUUCCUGUCCUCAGUGUUGCCCUCCACACCGGGCAGUCCCACGGUCAACGCCCUGGGCCUUCCUAAAGGCAACGGGACUGUCAAAGCGUUCCCCAGGAAGUCCUCGGGCACCAGGACGCCUCGCCUCGCCUCGGACUCCGACAUCCAGGGAUCCAAGGACGCCGUGAUCCAGGAUUUGGAGAGAAAACUGCGCUUUAAAGAGGAGCGCAUAAGCAAUGGUCAACAGAGGUUAACCUAUGAGGAGAAGAUGGCUCGCAGGCUGCUGGGUGCUGACAACGCUGCCACAGUCUUAAACACACAGGACACAGAGGAGGAGCCAGUCACACAGGAAAACAAGUCAUCUGGUAGAGACUCUUACCCUCAAAAGGAAUACAAAGUGUCCAGCUUCGAGCAGCGUCUGAUCAGCGAGAUUGAGUUUCGACUUGAGCGCUCUCCGGUGGAGGAGUCCGACGAUGACGUGCAGCACGAUGAAGACUCUGCUGGGCGGGGGGUGGUGCCAUCCUUCGAUCAGAAGCUCAAACACUACAAAGUCUUUGAGGGCAUGCCCGUCACCUUCUCCUGUAAGGUCAACGGGGACCCCAAACCGAAGGUCUACUGGUUUAAAGACGGCAAGCAGAUCUCCAAGAGGAGCGAGCACUACAGGAUCAGCCGUGAGCCUGAUGGGACCUGCUCCCUGCACACGGCUGCAGCCUCGCUGGAUGAUGACGGCAACUACACCAUCAUGGCAGGCAACCCUGAGGGCAGGGUGAGCUGCACCGGCAGGAUGAUGGUCCAGGCGGUGAACCAGCGGGGCCGCAGCCAGCGCUCGGCACCUGGACACAUGCGCAGGCCCAGGUCCAGGUCUAGAGACAGCGGCGAUGAGAACGAUAACAUCCAAGAGCGUCACUUCCGCCCACACUUCCUGCAGGCGCCCGGUGACCUCAUCGUUCAGGAGGGCCGACUGUGCCGGAUGGACUGCAAGGUGAGCGGCCUGCCCACUCCAGACCUCAUCUGGCAGCUGAACGGACAGACCAUCCGCCCAGACUCCGCCCAUAAGAUGCUGGUGAGGGAAAACGGUGUGCACUCAUUGGUCAUUGAGCCCGUGACCAGCCGGGACGCAGGUAUCUACACCUGUAUCGCCAGCAACCGAGCCGGGCAGAACUCCUUCAACCUGGAACUCAUUGUUGCAGCCAAAGAAAUGCACAAGGCCCCUUCGUUUAUUGAGAAGCUGCAGAACACGACCGUGGCUGAGGGUCAUCCUGUGCGUCUGGAGUGUCGCGUCACGGGAGUACCCUAUCCACAGAUCUUCUGGAAGAGGGAGAAUGAGUCUUUCACUCACAACACAGACAGAAUCAGCAUGCACCAGGACAACUGUGGCUACCUGUGCAUGAUCAUCCAGCCAGCCAUGAAAGAGGACGCUGGCUGGUACACCGUGUCAGCCAAGAAUGACGCAGGCAUCGUGUCCAGCACUGCACGUCUCGACAUCCACACUCAGUGGCAGCAGCCCAACCUCCCCAAGCCCAAGAAGGUGCGUCCCUCCACCAGCCGCUACGCCGCACUGACGGAGAGAGGGCUGGACGUGAAGGCGGCCUUCUUCCCCGACUCCAGCCCGCUGCAGCCUGGCGGCCUGGUGGAAAGCGACGACCUGUAGAGGCCACAGGCAGGCACGAGGAAAAACCCUGAGAGCUGCCCCUCGCUCGCUCCCAGCACUUCCUGAGAGAGAUACUUUGACGGCAUAGGGGGGAGGGGUGCAGAAUAUAACCUCAUCAACCAUCAUUGAACUGCAGAUACAGAAUACAGAGUGAGCUGGUGCAGCGGUGGUUUUCUUAUGCUUUUAUAGUACGACACACACCGUUAUAUUACACAAUUCAUCAAGGUCUUUCCAAAAGCUUCAUUUUAUCGACUGGACCCGGAAAACGACUGAAGUGUUUACGGCGACAAAAGACCGUCUCAUGAACUGUCGGCUGAUUCUGAUCUGCAGAGCGUCUCCUGUCCAAGUGCCUCUCGUCUCUGUAAAGAUAUAAAGAAAAAAAAAAAAAAAGCAGGUUGAAAAGUGAAAUGAAACAUAGAAUUACUAUGCAUGUUCAAGUGGUGCCAUUUACAAUACACAGAGUAAUACUGUAUCUAUGAGUAGCACUCCAGCGACUGUGUGUGGAGAAGACUUCAAGAGAGACUGAGUGAUUCAAAGCAUCGUAGCUUUGACGAAGGAGAUCACAGACUUUUAUUAUGUGGGCUUGUGUAGCACAGAGCUGAUAGCUACAGUAUCAUAGUAUCACAGUCUCAGCUUAUUAGCUUUCAGAUAUUGGACAAGGCCGGGCCUUACAAACAGUAUGUUUAGUUUUUUUUGUUUUUGUUUUGGCAACAGAACUGAGGUUUAGGGGGGAAAAAAGAGAGAAAGCUUUCACAUGGAUGAGGUUUGUUUGUUUGUUGAUGCAGCUGAACUCAAGCGAGUUUGGCUCCAACAGGAAGAGACGGACGGAAAAAGCAGGUUUUUGUAAAAAAGGACUUUAAUGUGGUGAGUGGGAUGUGACUGACUGACGGUGGCAGUGGUGAUGUAGAAUAAUGGAAAAUAUGGAAAACUUUUGGUGAUGGCCGUUCAUUAUGGUGAUGUUUUGUUUUUUUUUUCUUCUUCUUCUUCUUUGAUGGUUUAUUUUACAAGUGUGAAUUGAAAUGUUCUCACUGGAGAGAGGGUGCUGUGAAAGGUUUCAGUGUAUUUGUCACACACAUCACAGAUUGUCCAUUUUAUUUUUGUAUGGAAAAAAAAACAACUAAAUUUCUUUUCCCAUCAAUCUUGACAUAAAUUAUAUCAGCAGCCUUUUGUUCACUGAUAAAAACAACUUUCUGUAUCAUGAAGUUUUAUAAAUAUAUUUACUGCCUUAAAUCACUUUUAGGCUUUAAUGCAAACUCACUUUCUUUGCAUGUUAUUUUUGGACACUUGUACGGUGCCAAAAAACUUUUACCAGAAUGUACAAAAACACAGCUUUUUUUUUCCAGCAUGGAGGAGCAGCAAACUCUCCUCAGCUGCUGAAAAGUGAAAAGCAAGGUAUAUUUAUAUCUACUAUUUUUGUCACCUCUGUAAUACUAUACAAAGUGGACAUCUUUUUCUGUGUCUGAUCGGAGCUUGCAUCAGCUGACAGUUACUGUGUUUGCACAUUUCUAUGCCAAUCAUUGCCUGUAUAUGGAUUGUUCUCCUGAUAUUAUUUUAGGUUAUGAAAGUUAAUAAAAAUCUCCUCCGACA